GGGAAGAGGUGAAGGGGAGAUUCACAAGAUAUAAAGCGAAGAGUCGAGCAGCGGACCAUCACAUCCGUUGUUUCCCUCUCGUUCUCCGCAUCACAGCAGGUCAGGUCUUCGUCAGGAUGGUAGCUCUGCAGGAGGUUAUAUUGCUGUGUUUGGUUGGCCUGUCUGCCUGCCAGUUUAACCGCGGGCCGGUCACCGCUGGGGCGCCUCCUAUCCCCAUCCUCUAUGAUGAUCGCAAUGGACCUGAUGUGUCGGGCGCCUACGACUUCAGUUACGGAACAGGCAAUGGGAUCGCACACCAGGAAUCGUCCCGUCCCACUGGCGUUGACACCUUCGUCGUAGAGGGAUCGUACAGCUACACGGCCCCCGACGGCACUCUGGUCGAGGUCCGCUACAUCGCCGACGAGAACGGCUUCCGCGCAGAGAGCCCGCUGAUCCCCACCACGCCCGCGCCGCCCCUGCACUCGCUCAGGCAGAUCGCCGCCGCGCAAGACGCCUUCUCAAGGCAAGGCUCGGUACAACAAGGAGGUUUCCAGCAACAGGGCGGAAUCCAACAGCAACAGGGAAACCUCCAACAGCCAGCAGGAGGUUUCCAACAGCAAGGUGGCUUCCAGAACAGGCGUCGGGGUUUCCAGAGUAGACGCCAAGGUUAAAUAUUGAAAUUUAUCAGCAAACCUAAACGGAGGUACACACGAGACACAAGGAUACGAUAAAACUUUUCUUUCUCGACCCCUCUUAUUCUUUUUCUUUUCUCUGUCUCUUUCUCUCUCUUUCUCUUUCUCC